AUGAAUUCAAGUUAAAGACAACCAAGAAGUCGCAUCUUUGAUGUUGAUUCAUAAAGACCAUCUGAUAGAUCUAAUACUCCUACAAGAACAUUAUCACCAUCUUAACAUAUUUAACCAUAAUAAUAACAAUAACCUAUACCAACAUUUCAACCUUAAAAAUUAAAACAUAUUCUAUAUAAUGCUCAAUAAAGUACUCCUAUUGUCAAUUGCCAUUACCAUCCAGAUCAAUAUAUUUAAAAUUUUUGCAAAAAUCUGUAUAUAUUUUCAAUAAUCCAAAUAGUGAUUGUCUAUUACCGCUUUGCCCUAUGUGUGUCACUAUCCAUUAAGAUGAUCAUAUAACUUAAAACUAUGCUCCUCAUUUCGAUUUACUAGGUUAUUGUCUUGGGGAACAAUAUAAUAAAACAGUUGAUAUCUGCAACCUAUUAGGAGAAGAUAUUGAGGAUGUAGUAGAAUUAAAAAAUCUUGUUAAAAAUCAUAGAGAAAUUUAGAAAAAGAAAUUCUUAGAAGCAAAAGAAUAAUUCUAUAAAGCUAUUGAUUCUUUUAUGUAAAAUCUAGAAAACAAUUUAAAUUCAUCAUCUAUCAAACAAACUGAUUAACUACUCAAUGAAAUCAAUCAAUUUCAUAGAUUAGCCUAUGAUAGAUGGGAAAAUAUGCAAGGGAGAUUGUAAAAACUCAAUUCUGAGAAGUGUCUAAAAAUAUUAAUUAAGUCUUACAGACAAAGCAGACCAGAAGAUAUCUAUUAACGUUAACAUGAAAUGACUAUCGCUUUUAUAGACUAAGUCAAAAGUGAAUUAGAUCAAGUAGAAAUAAGGCCAUCUUAAUUAUAAAUAAUAUUAGAUUAAUUACAAUCCUAUAUAUACAUCACUAAAGAUAAUCCUAAAUAGAUAUCUCCAAUAAAACCAUAAUAAUAAUAAUAAUAAUAAUAAUAAUAAAUCAUUAGAAGAGUAGUUCAUGAAAGACCAAGUAGUCAAUAACAUCAUAAAAAUUCUAACUCUCCAAUUCCAACUAGAGUUUUAUAAGGAUUUCCUAUACUCUAAAAAUUCAAUCCAAUCACAGCCAUCGAAAAUAUAACUAUGCCUUAAUUACCAUAAAUUCCUACAGGAUUUCCUUAAAUCAUGCCAUUUCAAAAUUAACAAUUCAACUUCUAACCCUAAUAUGCUUAAUCUAUGAUGUUACCUAACUCAUAGUUUAUCCCAUAAUCACCUCUUAAUAUGCCCUUACCUUUUCAAACCUAACAUCCAUAUCAAAACCCUCCAUAGUUACUUAAACAAACCUAGUUACAAUAACCACUAAAACAGUUUGUCUAACCACUUCAGUCACAAGCAAUUUCUCCAAAUCAAUAAUAAUAAAAUCAGCCUCUUGCUUAAAUCAAUCUUAAUUAAUAAGAGAAACCUGGAGAAGUCAUUGAUUUGAAAUCUAAUAAAAAUCCACUAAGAAUGGCUGAAUAAUAUCAUAAUUAAUUGUUUAAUUCUGGUGAAUGA